AUGAAUUACGUGCGAUCCAUCACAGGCAGCGUGUCCAAGGGCUGGAACUCGAUCAACCCCGCAACCCUCAGCGGCGCCAUCGACACCAUCGUCGUAGAGCACGAAGAUGGCAGCCUAGCCUGUUCGCCCUUCCACGUCCGCUUCGGCAAGUACCAGAUCCUGCGACCGUCGGACAAGAAGGUCGAGUUCAGAGUCAAUGGCGAGCUGCAGGACUAUUCCAUGAAGCUGGGCGAAGGGGGCGAGGCCUUUUUCGUCUUCGAGACGACGCGCUCCAUCCCCGCUGAGAUGCAGACGUCGCCUAUUGCCUCGCCCGCCGCGAGUCCUGAGCAGAAGCCCGUGGAGAUGCCUUCGGAGCGCGCCUUCGACGAGCCCGAGCCCUUCGACCUAGACAAUGCUGGCGUGAGCAGGAGGAGAGGGCGCAUGUCCAUGUCGGUCCCCACGUCCGAUAGCAUACACGCCGAGGCAGAAUUUGGGCGGCCAAAGUCGGGAGAUUGGUCCGGCUUCCACAUGCAAAGGGCCAGCACGGAUGAGACGGUUCCUUCGGUCAAGGACGGCUUCGCCAAGACGUUCGAGGGGACAGAAGCACAUGGCACAGGACCCGAGAGAGGGCCACUACAGAUCAGCAAGGAAGAUGCCACGGCUUGGAACAGGUCAACCCGCUCAGCGAGUCCACCGCCCGUGUCAGCCAGUGAAGCACUCGCCCGCGCCAUCAAGCUCUCCAAGAAGCUCUUUACCUCCAACAUCCCCAACAAGGUCACCGAGACGGGCGACCUCGAACUGGACAUGACAGGGUACAAGAGCAGCGAGGAGGAUGCCUUGCGCGCCGAAGUAAUAGCCCGGCGCAUCUUGUCCGAUGAACUCGCAGGCGACUACGACAUCGGCGCCCUCAUUGGUGCCGACGAGAAUGGAAACCUCUGGAUCUAUAGCAGUGAGGAAGCCAAAGCAGCGGCCAUGGCCAAGACGAGCAUGAACGUCCUCAACGAGGCCGCUCUCCAAUCCACCGAUGCUUUGUCAGACCCAGGCUACCAAUCCGACAGUGGCCGCAGCGACGACACGGCGCAGUUCCCGACGCGACGAGACUCGGACAGCGCCUUGGGAUCCUCUGCCCCACACUCGCCCAACUCUUCUACCCAGAAAUCAAAAGCCAGACCCGAGACCAAAACAUACGCCAAGACGCUGCGUCUCACAUCCGAGCAACUGCGGGCCCUGGACCUCAAGCCCGGUGCCAACACCAUGAGUUUUACAGUAAACAGGAGCAAGUGUGAGGCAUACAUGUUCUACUGGAAACACGACGUACCAAUCGUAAUCUCAGACAUUGACGGUACAAUAACAAAAUCAGAUGCCCUAGGCCACGUCUUGAACAUGAUAGGGAGGGAUUGGACACACCAAGGUGUCGCAAAACUCUACACCGAUAUCGUGAAUAACGGGUACAACAUCUUCUACCUCACGUCCCGAUCCGUCGGCCAAGCAGACACCACACGCGCGUAUCUGAACGGCGUGGUACAAGAUAACUACCGACUUCCCAAAGGCCCCGUCAUCAUGAGUCCCGACCGCACCAUCGCAGCUCUACGACGCGAGAUAUAUUUACGCAAGCCCGAAGUUUUCAAAAUGGCUUGUCUUCGAGACAUUAUGCAAUUGUUUGACAAGCCCGCGCACCAAACGCCUUUUUACGCAGGCUUUGGAAAUCGCUUUACGGAUGCGUUGAGUUAUCGAUCCGUCAACAUACCUUCUACGCGCAUCUUUACCAUUAAUUCGAAUGCAGAGGUCAGUCUCGACGUGCUGUCGCUCAACAGCUACAAGACGGGGUAUGCUAGUAUGCGCGAGAUUGUAGACCACUUUUUCCCGCCCGUCGGGCUCUUGGUGCCCGCGGGCGGCGAGGCGUAUACGGAUUUUAACUACUGGCGCGAGAAACCUUUGGAUAUUGCCGACUUUACCGAUAGCGAAAGUGAAGGCGGAGAGGACGAUGACGAUGACGAGACGGAGGCGGCUAGUAUACGCAGCGAGGACGAAAUGGGCUCGGAAGUCGGAGAGGAUCUCGAGGCGAGUUAUAUGAGUAGGGAGUCGCUCGACGAAAUGGGUGAAGGGGACGAUUAUGGCGGAAUGGAAGACUCGAUUGUUGAAAGCAUUGAAGGCGGCGACUACGUUGAUAGGCAGUAUGAAGAUGAAGAGGCGGAAGAUGAGUAUGAUGAGGAUGGGGAUGAGAGGACGCAGAUUGAGGGUAUCACGCCAUCGAUUGAGAUGGGCUUGGAUACGACGGUGGAACGCAUGAGGGACUUGAAUGUCAAAGAACGAUCACCUACUCCACGGGCUAGGUAG